AUUCUGCCGCUCGGUCGUGGCUGCGGGACUGCCAAAGAGCUCUCAACGGAAACUAUUUCAACUUAUGACACUAAGACCCAACCCCGCCAAAUAAGAGGCUGUAAUCAUGUCUCGACGCCGUGUAGUAAUACCAAGUGAGGAGGAGUUGGAAAGGCGGAAUACUGUCGGCAUCCAGGCCGAGUACAUAUCCAAUGUCCAGGCGACCGACUUCCCCCGCCACUACCCGGGCGAGGACAACUCGUGGAACAUUGACAAAUUCCGCGAUGGCUUCCGCGUUCAGUUCCACAAGAACGGCCCCCUGGAGGCGUCCUUCUCUCUGAUCGGCAUUCACGCGGCCGUGGCCAACGCCUUCCGGCGCAUCAUGAUCGCCGACAUCCCCACGCUGGCCAUUGAGACCGUCUUCAUCGAGAACAACACGUCGGUGAUCCAGGACGAGGUGCUGUCGCACCGCCUGGGCCUGAUCCCCUUCAAGGGCGGCCGCGAGGGCCUGCACUCGUUCCUUAAGUGGUACAAGAAGAAGCCCAACACGGCCACGGACAACCUGGGUGUCAGUGGCGAUCACUUUGAUUACAACACGGUGCUGCUGCGGCUGCAGGUCAAGUGCACGCACAACGAGGACGCCGCCGAGGGCGAGCGCGACCCCCGCAAGCUGUACCACCACGCCCACGUGUACGCGCGCGACAUCGAGUUCGUGCCCGUCGGCCGCCAGGCGCGCUACUUUUCUGGCGCCGACGCCAUCGUCCCCGUGAACCCAGACAUCCUGAUCGCCAAGAUGCGCCCCGAGCAGGAGAUCGACCUGUCGAUGCACAUGUACAAGGGGGUCGGGUCUGACCACGCAAAGUUCUCGCCCGUCGCCACCGCCUCGUACCGCCUGCUGCCGACCAUCAAGAUUGUGGAGCCGAUCCUGGGAGCUGACGCCGAGAAGUUUGCCAAGUGCUUCCCGAAGGGUGUCAUCAGGCUCCGCAAGGUGACGCGCCAGGAGGCGGCCAAGCAAGGCAGCGGCUACGAGGGCCACGAGGGCGAGCUCAAGGCCGUGGUCGAGGACCCUAUGAAGGACACCGUGAGCCGCGAGUGCCUGCGCCAUGACGAAUUCAACAAAAAGGUGAAGCUAGGCCGGAAGAUAGACCACUUCAUCUUCUCGGUCGAGAGCACGGGCCAGUGGGAAAGCGACGCCAUCUUCCUCGAGUCGGUCGCUCACUUAAAGGCGAAGUGCAAGGCGUUUGAGAAGCAAGUUAUCAACAUGGUAAGAUAGAGGGAGGGGGGGUUAAAUUGGGGGG